UCGAAAACCAUAUCCCAUCAACACAACAGAACCUUUUACGCUCAUCAAAUAAAAGUCAAUUAAAAUAAAAAGACCUCAAAACCUCACAUUACUAACCGAAGACUCUUUAUACUUUGUGAUCAUCAACAACAACCAAUUUGCCUCUGCGUAAUUUCCUUAAUCAAAGAUCAGGAUGAGUUAUGUUCAUGGACAUAGUCAUGAACAAGACCCUUACCCACCACCUGGGUAUGGUUCAGGUUAUCCACCUCCAGGGUAUCCACAAGGACCACCACCACCUGGAUAUGGGUAUCCACCACCGCCUCCAAAUCCUGGACAUCAUCAAGGAUAUCCACCAAAUCCUGGUUAUCAAGGUUACUUCAAUAAUGAUGGGUAUCCACCACCACCACAACAACCACAAUACCAAGGUUACCAAUAUCAUCACCACCAUCAAAGUGAUGAUGGAUGUUCAUCUUUUUUCAGAGGAUGCUUGGCUGCACUUUGUUGCUGUUGUUUGUUGGAUGAAUGCUGUUUCUAGGUCGGUUGUCUGGCUAUAUUUACGAAUUUUGGCUGCACUUUGUUGCUGUUGUGUGUUGGAGGAGUGCUGCUGCUGUUUCUAGGUUGGUGGUCUGGCUACACCGUAGGCGCCUAAUCUGAUCUGCUGGAUGUUUAUAUAUGCUUUUAUCUAUUUAAACUCUUUUGAAAUCCUAAAUAGUAAAUCCUGUCUUGAUAGUUGUAUGCAAUCUACAGAAUUAUUAUGGUACAGAGAGAAUCUAUAAUUGUUAUGUUAUUGUGGUUUCAGUGUCUUCUAGGUUAUGUUUGUCUUCUCCGUUUAUGUACAUUCUCGGUCUAUUAUCCAAGCCUUGCGGGUUAUGAGCCUUGGAUUGUUAAAACAGCGCUGUUAAUUCUUGAAAUUCCAUCUGCGAUGUACUGAAAUGAGGUUUCUCAAAGAUUAUU